ACGGCGCUUGCAUAAUGAAAAUCUGGACGUCAGAGCACACAUUCAACCAUCCUUGGGAGACUGUGACACAGGCGGCGUGGAGAAAGUACCCCAACCCGAUGACUCCCUCCAUCAUUGGCACGGACGUUGUCGAGCGCCAGGUGGUCAACGGAGUGCUGCACACACACCGACUGGUGCAGUCCAAAUGGUACUUUCCUAAGUGGACGCACGCGCUGAUUGGCACGGCCAAGACGUGUUUCGCCAGCGAGCGCUCUACAGUGGAUCCGCAGCGCAAGCAGAUGGUGCUGAAGACAAACAACCUUACAUUCUGCCGCAACAUCAGCGUCGACGAAGUGCUCUACUAUGAGCCACAUCCAGCAGACGGGAGCAAAACGCUACUAAAGCAGGAGGCCACGGUGACCGUGUACGGCGUUCCGCUGUCCCACUACAUGGAGGACCUACUGACAUCGACCAUCAGCUCUAACGCGGGCAAAGGUCGACAGGGCCUUGAGUGGGUGAUAGGUCUGAUCAACACAGAAGUGAAGGGAAUCGCCCGGGGAACGGACGAACUGAUACACAGCACGCGUCGCUCCAUCGACGAAGUAACGGAGAGUGCUCGCAAGAGCAUGGACGAGAUUAGUGUACAGGCCGCCAAGGCGGCGAAGGCGAUGCACAUAACAUAAUUACGGAUGUAAAUCGACGGGGCAGGUGCGCGCUGGGGCUGUUUGAGUAGUGAAUUAUUUAACAUGGCGGCGCACGGAUCGCUGUUUUAGUACAAGUAACCAAUGAUGGCAAUAUCGACAACUAGCAAGGCCUGGAGCAGUAAUAACUUAUUUUCUCAAAUCCAUGCGUACAUAUAUUUUAUAAUAGCUCCUUUCCAAAUAUUCCGCCUCCCAGUCAUGGCUGGUGGCUGGGGUUUCACAAACGUUGACCAAUAGGGAUCUGAUAUUUAUCCCUUUCUGGCAGAAUUUGCGGAGCUCCGGCAGAUCAAUAAACUUAUGCCGAUUCAUAGAAUAGUCAAUAUAAGAAUUGUAAAAAUCGAAAAAGAACAUGAAAAACAAUUAAAUGAUAUGUUUUCGCCCGCAAAUCGA